CCAACACUUAACACAAAAGACGCAUUUUUUCAUUUUUAGCGAGGAAAAAUCGAAUUUAUUGCUAAUUUAACCGCAAUCCUUGCGGUCCCAAACACCCCACACCAUGCUUUACCUUGAGGACUACUUGGAAAUGAUCGAGCACCUCCCACAGGAGCUGCGCGAUCGUUUUACGGAGAUGCGCGAACUUGAUCUCGCCGUGCAAAACAACAUGGACUCACUGGACAAGAAGGCACACCUGUUCUUUAAGCAGUGCAAGCGUGACGAACUGCAGCACGAGUCCAUGGACACGGAGUUCCACAGCCUCCGCGGCGAGUACUACAAAGUGAUGGAAGAUGCCGACGAGAAGGUGGCCAUUGCCACUCAGAUCCAUGAGCUAGUGGAGCGCUACCUUCGCCGCCUGGACAGCGAGCUCUUCAAGUUCAAAUGCGAGCUAGAGGCGGAUAACAACGGCAUCACCGAGAUUCUGGAACGCCGUUCUUUAGAGCUUGACGGCAACUCAACUGCGGCCACCGCCCUGCUCAUGAGCAUGAACCAAAAGGAGAACCGUUACUAUGGCGCCAGCACGGCCAAUAGUCUGGUCAACAAUGUAUCAGGUUCCACCAGCUCAGGUGCAGGCUCAGGUUCCAUGGGCAUUUCCAGCGGUUCAGGCGGUGGCGGCGGAUCGGGUAGCACCCUUUCGGGCAACGCCCUUUCCAACCUCUCUGCUGCCCAACUCAGUGCCAGUCAACGUCACCGCAAACUGGAGAAACGUCGUGAAACGAUCUGCACGGUUCCUGUCCAGGAGAAGCGUGCCAAUCUUAAUCACUCUCUGCCUGCAGUGGCCUCCGGCUCCAAUUCGGGUUCCGCCACUAAUGUUGGAGCCGUGGUUCCUACAGCCGUUUCCGCCGGUCUGGCCACUGUCUCACCUGCUCAAACACAAGCUCAAGGAAGCAACCACAUAACUGCCACACAUCUCACAUUGCCGGUGGCUGUUGGAGUGAGUGUGGGCGUUGCCGCCGCAGGAACCAACCUGACAACUGCUUCCCUGGCUGGAUCUUCAGGCUCGGUGGUCCGUCAAUUGCCCGCGAAUUUGGCGCACACUGUCCUCACCGCUGGAGGAGGUGGCGCAGCAACAACAACGGGAGCUGGAGGUGCUACAGUGACACCAUUGGCCACGGCUGGAGGCUCCCAUGGUCAUGGAGGCCAUGCAACUGCCGGCGCCACGGUAACCUAUCUGCAGCAGCUGGGCGUAGGUGCCUCAGCUACCAGUGCCAUAGCAGCGGCGGCCAGUCAGGCCAUUGUGGCCACCAAGCAGAUGCAGCAGGGCCGCAGAACGGCGAGUCUGAAUGCCAGCUACGAAGCCAGCCUGAAAGCCAACUAUGAGGUAGCCCUGCACGAAGCAGCCGGCACCACGGCCGAGUUAUGGACACAGGCGGGUCAGGGAGGUCUCCAGACGGCUGGCGGAGGAACUGCAUCGGUGGCUGGGGGAGCAACUCUCACAACCGGUGUGUCUGCCUCUGGCGGCACUGGCUCGCAUCACUCCCACCACUCUCAAACGCAUCACAGCAGCCACGGCCAUGGCCAUGGACACGGUCACGGCCACGGACAUGGACACCAUCACAGUAGCAGCAGCCACGGCAGUCACCAUCAGGAGAAGAACCACAAAAAGAAGAAGAUUGCCACCACACAGCUGGCUAUACCCUCGACUCUGGCAGUGCAGGCACUGGGCGGCUCUUCCUCGGGCAAUUCCAUAGCCUCUUCCACCUCUUCGAUGAGCGUGGAUUCGGUGGAGAUGCUGAACUCGGCGGCGGCUGCAGCGGCCAAUUCGAGUCUAGCCGGAAAUACACUAGCGCACGGAUCGCUGACACUGGGAGCCGGUGGAGCUGGUACCCUGACCGGAGCUGGCUCCAAUACUGGAGGCAUCGCAGGAACUGGUGCCGGAAGUGGCAUGGCCGGAGCAGGUGCUGGAGGCAUUGGUGUACCAGGCUCUGGGGUAUCGGGCAUGAAUCAUCCCACCGGCAGCAGCAUGAACCCCGGCUCUAGCCUCACUAUCGGCGAAAACGGACUCGUGGUGGAGCAGAGCAACGAGGGUGAGUGGUCCUAUGAUCCCAACGAGCCACGUUAUUGCACCUGCAACCAGGUGUCCUAUGGCGACAUGGUGGCCUGUGACAACGACGCCUGUCCCUACGAGUGGUUCCAUUAUCCUUGCGUGGGAAUUACCCAGCCGCCGAAGGGCAAGUGGUACUGUCCCAAGUGUACCGCCUCCAUGCGGCGUCGCGGAAAUCGAAAGAACUGAGGCUGACACCGCCUGCUGGCGCCCCUCUUCCGAGGCGGAGGGCGUGGCGGAGGCGGGCACACAUCCGGAGGAGGGAGCGCGACGGGAGUUGGAAGUGCAGGGGGUACUGGCACUUGGGGACGUCGCUAGACCAGAGCGCUGGGCGGAAUUCCAAAUGUAUAUGCUUAUAUGUUCACACAAAAGCUACCAACAGAAACUAUAAAAUAAAUUAAGGUCAGCAAGGGAGUUGAA